GCACCAGACAACACCGUUCUAAUCCACGCUUGCAACACAAAAGGCAGCUGGGGCGCCGGCAUCGCGGUCGCUUUCAAGACUUUCUGUCCUCAUGCCUAUGAAGUCUACCACACGCACUGUCUCUCGACGCCCGUGCAAACAGGUACCUGUCUCCUCAUUCCACCAUGUGAGAGCGAUGCAGGCCCGAAACACUGGAUUGCGUGUCUGUUUACCAGCGCCGCGUAUGGGAAAAAGAAAGAUGCGCCGGAGGAGAUUUUGAGGAAUACGGAGACGGCGGUGAGGGAUUUGCUUGUGCAGGUGCAGUUGGCGAGGGGGAGGGACGAGAUGAUUGCAGGGCUGAGGAUGUGUAGGAUUAAUUCGGGUAGGUUUGGGGUUGAGUGGGAGAGGACUGAGGCAGUUUUG